CAUACAUAUCAACCCUUUCUUUGUCUCUCCUAUAGUCCAUAUUAGCACUCCAAAACACACUCUCUCUCUCUCCGCCGGCAGCAAAUAAAAAUGAAGGUCCGAUCUUGGCUAUCAACAUGCUCCUCCGCCACCUGCAUCGCCACCUCCGACGCCGCCGCCCCAUCUCCGCCACUAACCCUAUUCCCUCCACCAAAAUCCCUCUUCUCCGACACCAGCAGCAGCAGCUACUCCGAUAACUCCCAAACCAACAGCAGCAUCCAAUCCAACCUCUCUCUCCUCACCCUCCCCUCCCUCCCUUCCCUCCAAAAACUCACCCUCUCCCCCCUCAACCCCUCCGCCACCACCUCCGCCGCCGCCCUCCUCCCCCUCCGCGGCCGCGCCCACGUCCACUUCCUCGCCCUCCACAACCGCCUCCUCUACGCCGCCCUCGGCGACCAAAUCCACGUCUACGAGACCCUCACCAACACCUUGCUCGACACCUUCAACGCCGCCUCCGACGCCACCGGCGCCGCCAAAUCCAUCGCCUUCCGCGGCGGCAGGAUCCUCACCGCGCACCAGGACUGCAAAAUCCGCGUCUGGAAACUCAACGAUCAGAAGAAACACAAGCUCGUCGCCACCCUCCCCACGCUCGAGGACCGCCUCCGCCGCUUCAUCCUCCCCCAAAACUACGUCCGCGUCCGCCGCCACAAGCAGCGCCUCUGGAUCCAGCACCACGACGCCGUCUCCGGCCUCGCCGCAAUCGACGACCACCGCCGCGAAGUUAACCUAAUCGCGUCGAUUUCAUGGGACCGAAGCAUCAAAAUAUGGAACACGCGAAAUCUCAAUUGCCUCCAAUCAAUCAACAAAGCUCACGACGACGCCAUCAACGCCGUCGCGGUAUCCACCGACGGAUUGAUCUACACCGGCUCCGCCGACCGGAAGAUCAGAGUGUGGCAGAAAGAGGGGAAAUCGGAGAAAUACGCGGCGAUCGCGACGCUGGAGAAGCACAAAUCGGCGGUUAACGCGCUGGCGCUGAACCGGGACGGGUCGGUUCUGUUUUCCGGUUCGUGCGACCGGUCCAUUUUGGUGUGGGAGAGAGAAGACAGCGCCGGCCACAUGGCGGCGGUGGGGGCGUUGAGGGGCCAUGCAAGGGCGAUCUUGUGUUUGAUCAACGUCCGUGAUCUGCUCAUCAGCGGAUCGGCCGAUCGGACGGUCAGGAUCUGGCAGCGCGGCUUCGACGCCCGGUUCUGCUGCUUGGCGGUUCUCGAGGGGCACCGGACGCCGGUGAGGUCGCUCACGGCGGAGGACGGCGAAGACGGUGGCGGCGUGAGGGUGUUUAGUGGGAGUUUUGAUGGGGAGAUUAGAGUGUGGGAAGUUGGGUUUUGAUACAAUAGUAAAUUUUCUUGAUUGUAUGAAUUUUUUGUAUAGGUUUUAGUUUUUCGUCGAUGUUCCGUCAUUAAUUUUUCUUAACAACGGAAAUUGAUGUGAGUAUGGAAAUUUUUGCCAUCGCAUUUUCGUUGCUAUGUUGGAUCGGGGGUUCUUGAUUUGAAUUUAAUUAAAGUAAUAUAAGUGGAGCAUCGAGCUCAUAAUUUUAAU